AUGCAUGCUCAUUCUAUGUUAAUCGCCAUUCUUUCAUUAGCCAUAAGCGCAAUCUCCGUUACGGACUCAGCGCAUUCUCCUAUUAUAACUGCCACUCCUACGCGAGCAUUGGCAAACCGCCAAGUCCAAACGCCUAUCUUAUCUACUCUGCAAUACCCCUACACCGCAUUACCCUACCAGGUAUACCCUUAUCAAGUUCUCCGUGGACCACAGUUUGGAUACAAUCAAUGCAAUUCCACAACCCUGGGACCUAAAUCAAACUGUCAGACUCUUAUUUUCAACGCACCGGAUGAUUUCUGUCUAUGGGGAUCACCAGAUGCCAAUGGCGAGAUUGGAAAUGUCGAAGCAAAAGUAGUCGCCUACUGCACAAAGCCAUACCACGGCACGCGCCUCAUUCCUCCUGAUGCCAUUACAGGUCUACAAUGGAUUAGAACAUCCGCAUAUAUUCAGGUCACAGGCUUUAUUAACAACUCGGCUAUUGGCCUCGAUAACAAACCAGGAAAUGGAGGGGAGCUCGAUCCUCACGGCGCGGACCUACAAGGAAAUCCACUUGGGGGAGUGGUAUACUCCAAUGGUACUGCAGAUUCAGACGGACAUAACCUCGUUCAAGUCAUGAAUUGGAAUACGUGA